ACUGGCCCCCCCUUUGGGGACCUGCCCUGCCCCACCAGGUGCUGGCAUUGGCCCCACCAUCCAGAUUGGGGAGGAGACGGUGAUCACUGUUGACACCAAGGCAGCAGGCAAAGGGAAGGUGACCUGCACCGUGUGCACGCCCGACGGCUCCGAGGUGGACGUGGAUGUGGUGGAGAACGAGGAUGGCACCUUUGACAUCUUCUACACAGCCCCCCAGCCGGGCAAAUAUGUCAUCUGCGUGCGCUUUGGUGGCGAGCACGUGCCCAACAGCCCUUUCCAAGUGACGGCUCUAGCCGGGGAUCAGCCCACAGCACAGCCCCCGCUUCGGCCUCAGCAACUGGCCCCGUCUUACACGUAUGCCCAGGGUGGCCAGCAGACCUGGGCCCCAGAGAGACCCCUAAUGGGUGUCAAUGGGCUGGAUGUGACCAGCUUAAGGCCCUUCGACCUUGUCAUCCCCUUCACCAUCAAGAAAGGCGAAAUCACGGGGGAGGUGAGGAUGCCCUCGGGCAAGGUGGCACAGCCAGCCAUCACCGACAACAAGGACGGCACCGUGACCGUCCGCUAUGCCCCCAGUGAGGCUGGCCUGCACGAGAUGGACAUCCGCUACGAUCACAUGCACAUCCCAGGAAGCCCCCUGCAGUUCUAUGUGGAUUACGUCAACUGCGGCCACGUCACAGCCUAUGGGCCUGGCCUCACCCAUGGAGUGGUGAACAAGCCUGCUGUCUUCACCGUGAAUACCAAGGAUGCGGGAGAGGGGGGCUUGUCCCUGGCCAUCGAGGGCCCAUCCAAAGCAGAAAUCAGCUGCACUGACAACCAAGAUGGGACCUGCAGCGUGUCCUACCUGCCCGUGCUGCCCGGGGAUUACAGCAUCCUGGUCAAGUACAACGAGCAGCACAUCCCGGGCAGCCCCUUCACCGCCAGGGUCACAGGUGACGACUCAAUGCGCAUGUCCCACCUGAAGGUGGGCUCUGCUGCUGACAUCCCCAUCAAUAUCUCCGAGACGGACCUCAGCCUGCUGACAGCCACGGUCGUGCCACCCUCGGGCCGGGAGGAGCCCUGUCUGCUGAAGCGACUGCGCAAUGGCCACGUGGGGAUCUCGUUCGUGCCCAAGGAGACAGGGGAGCACCUGGUGCAUGUGAAGAAGAAUGGCCAGCACGUGGCGAGCAGCCCCAUCCCAGUGGUGAUCAGCCAGUCGGAGAUUGGGGAUGCCAGCCGCGUGCGGGUCUCAGGCCAGGGCCUCCAUGAAGGCCACACGUUUGAGCCUGCAGAGUUUAUCAUUGACACCCGUGAUGCAGGCUAUGGCGGGCUUAGCUUGUCCAUUGAGGGCCCCAGCAAGGUGGACAUCAACACAGAGGACCUAGAGGAUGGCACAUGCAGGGUCACCUACUGCCCCACAGAGCCUGGCAACUACAUCAUCAACAUCAAGUUCGCUGACCAGCACGUGCCUGGCAGCCCCUUCUCUGUGAAGGUAACAGGAGAGGGCCGGGUGAAAGAGAGCAUCACACGCCGGCGACGGGCCCCUUCGGUGGCCAAUGUUGGCAGUCAUUGCGACCUCAGCCUGAAGAUCCCUGAAAUUAGCAUCCAGGACAUGACAGCCCAGGUAACCAGCCCAUCAGGCAAGAGCCACGAGGCCGAGAUUGUGGAAGGGGAGAACCACACCUACUGCAUCCGCUUUGUGCCUGCCGAGAUGGGCAUGCACACAGUCAGCGUCAAGUACAAGGGCCAGCACGUGCCUGGGAGCCCCUUCCAGUUCACUGUGGGGCCCCUGGGGGAAGGGGGAGCCCACAAAGUCCGUGCUGGAGGCCCUGGCCUGGAGAGGGCUGAAGCCGGAGUGCCAGCUGAAUUUAGCAUCUGGACCAGGGAAGCUGGUGCUGGGGGCCUGGCCAUUGCUGUUGAGGGCCCCAGCAAGGCUGAGAUCUCCUUUGAGGACCGCAAGGACGGCUCCUGCGGUGUGGCUUAUGUGGUCCAGGAGCCAGGUGACUACGAGGUCUCGGUCAAGUUCAACGAGGAACACAUCCCCGACAGCCCCUUCGUAGUACCUGUGGCUUCUCCGUCUGGCGAUGCCCGCCGCCUUACUGUUUCUAGUCUUCAGGAGUCAGGGCUAAAGGUCAACCAGCCAGCCUCUUUUGCAGUCAGCCUGAAUGGGGCCAAGGGGGCGAUCGAUGCUAAGGUGCACAGCCCCUCGGGAGCCCUGGAGGAGUGCUAUGUCACAGAGAUCGACCAAGAUAAGUAUGCUGUACGCUUCAUCCCGCGGGAGAAUGGUGUCUACCUGAUUGACGUCAAGUUCAAUGGCACCCACAUUCCUGGGAGCCCCUUCAAGAUCCGAGUUGGGGAGCCUGGGCAUGGAGGGGACCCAGGCCUGGUGUCCGCCUAUGGAGCUGGCCUAGAAGGUGGGGUCACAGGGAGCCCAGCUGAGUUUAUCGUGAACACGAGCAACGCUGGAGCGGGUGCCCUGUCAGUAACCAUCGAUGGGCCCUCCAAGGUGAAGAUGGAUUGCCAGGAGUGCCCUGAGGGCUACCGUGUCACUUAUACUCCCAUGGCACCUGGCAGCUACCUCAUCUCCAUCAAGUAUGGUGGCCCCUACCACAUUGGGGGCAGCCCCUUCAAGGCCAAAGUCACAGGUCCCCGUCUCGUCAGCAACCACAGCCUCCAUGAGACAUCGUCCGUGUUUGUGGACUCCCUGACCAAGACUGCCAGUGCCCCCCAGCAUGGGGCCCUGGCAGGUUCCACUGAUGCCAGCAAGGUGCUGGCCAAGGGCCUGGGGCUGAGCAAGGCCUACGUGGGCCAAAAGAGCAGCUUCACGGUGGACUGCAGCAAAGCAGGCAACAACAUGCUGCUGGUAGGGGUGCAUGGCCCCCGGACACCCUGCGAGGAGAUCCUGGUGAAGCAUGUGGGCAGCCGGCUCUACAGUGUGUCUUACCUGCUCAAGGACAAGGGAGAGUACACGCUGGUGGUCAAGUGGGGCGAUGAGCACAUCCCAGGCAGCCCCUACCGUGUCCUGGUCCCCUGAGUUCUGCCUCUGCCAGCUGGCAGCUCCCAGGAUGAGACGUGCCCCACACCCAUCCCCCAACCUGAGCAGCCCCCUGGUCUCCUCAGCCCCAGAGCCCCGGCCGGCCCUGGCCGCCCCAUCACUGCAGCCACCCCAGCCCUGCGUUGCACUCACCUGCCUCCACUUGGGUAAAGGAGAGAGGCGAGCAGAGGUAGCCCUUUGGUGGCUCUGCCUAUCUUCUUUGGUUCUGGGAGGGGUGAGGGAUGGGGUACUAUGCACAACCACCCGCUAGUUCUCUUCCCUAGCCGAGAAGAAUAAAGUUCUGCUUCCAUUCUCCUGA